AUGGAUGGCUUUGAUGAUGCCAAUGCACUGCCAGCCUACCAGGCUGUUAAGCCAACUGUUGACGUCUUCAUCCUCCUUAUGGGAGUCGGCUGGGCGAUUAACUACACUGGGAUAUUGCACAAGUCAUUUCAAGAUCGAACCUACGGAAUGGCAAUCAUGCCCCUGUGCAGCAACGUCGCCUGGGAAGUGGUUUACGGGCUGAUACACCCGUCUCCUAACACGAUCGAACGGGGUGUCGUCCUAGCCGGUCUCACCAUCAACUUCGCAGUCAUCUACGCGGCGAUUCGGUUUUCGCAAAGGAGAGGACACACAUGCCGCUGGUGA